UGCAGCAUCUCAGCUGCUGUCUUUCCUGACUUAUCCUAAAAUAUCGUAAUACCAAAGCUAUGGCUUCCUCAAACUGCUCCCUGAAGGUUAACAGAGAGCUUUUAGAUCCAAAGUUUGAAAGUUAUAGACUGUCUCUGGAUCCACUGCCAACUUAUACAAUUGAGCUAGAUGCAGCUGUUGCUGAGGUGAAGCUCAAAGACAGCCAGUACACCUUGGAUCAUGUGCGUGCAUUUGGCAUGUUCAACUACCUGCACCUGGAUCCCUGGUAUGAAGACAGCGUUUACUUUGUGGACAACAAGGGCCGACUGCUUAACCUGACGGUGACAUUGGACACGGCGUUGGGGAAGCCUCGGGAGGUGUUCCGUCUGACCUCUGACCCCGAGCAGUGUUCCGAGCGCGUGUGCCCCUCCCUCAGCCUCACCUCCGCCACCUGGGCGGCGCUCGCGGAUGGCGCGGGCACCCUGUACCUGCUGCGGACGGGCAUGCGGGGCGAGGGGGCCCUCAACAGGUGGGAGCUCUUCUUCAGUGAGAGUCUCGGGUCUCCCUUCACGGUGCUCCACAGUGUGUCCCAUGUGCAGGACGGCCUCCACACCCUGGAGCUGCUGCUGCUGAGGGUGCUCCAGGACUCCCCACCUCCAGGGGGCGAUAGCAAUUCCAAGGGUAGGGGACAGAACGCCUGCUUGGAGUGGAUCACCGUAGCCAGCCACACUGCACAGGCGGAGGAGAGGAAGUACGAGGUGAAGCGUCGUCGUGUGAUGAGGGGCGGGGCGGUUCCCCACUACGCGGCUCUGGAGCCCAAGGGCAGAGGCCUGAUGCUGGCGGCAGAGAAGCCCUUCAGGUUCACAGAGGUGGACUCUGUACCCAUAGAGGAGGAACCUCAAGCAGAAGCCAUGGACACCACAGAUAACACAGAGCCGGUCUACUUCUGGCAGCAGACGGAGGCGGACGUGACGGUGUUCCUGCGACUGCCCGAGGGGGUGACCAAGGACGCCGUGUGCUACCGUCUGACGCCGGAGCGCCUGAGCGUGGGGGUGCAGGGAUCCCCCGAACCCCUGCUGGAGGGGAGCCUCCACGCCCCUGUGGACCCCGACGCCAGCACAUGGACCCUGGAGGACAACAAGAAGAGCCUGGAGAUCACCCUGCAGAAGCGUGAGGAGGGUCGCACGUGGCCAGAGCUGGUGCUGGGGGACAGGAGGGGAGAGUACUGUGUCAGCCAGGAGCAGGUGGACCUCAUCCACCAGAGACUAGCACACCUCACCACUGAGGAACAGGGGGCCAACCCAGAGAAGGACAAGCCUCCAUGCAAUGCUCAGGAGCUGGAGGACUGUGACGUGUUCCCAGAGGACAGCUUCAGCCUCACGCGCUUCGACGCAGACACACUCAAGCCCAGCCACGUGGUGAAUCUGGGCAGUCACCAGUUCCUGUUUGGUGUGGAGGUGGGCGCGGGGGACAUGCCGUGUCUGUGCCUGAGGCACGACGUAGACGCUCUGCUGUGGCAGCCAAGGCCCGAGCAGCCGGACCACAUGUGGGAACACAUCGCUACCUUCAACGCCCUUGGUUACGUCCAAGCCUCCAAGCGGGACAAGAAGUUCUCCACCUGCUCGCCGGACUUCUCCUUCGCCGCGCUGGGCGAGUGCCUGCGCCGCGUCUUCCUGUACCGCCAGCCGUCGCCCGUGGACACCGUGCUCUUCAACCGCAAGGAGGGUCGUCAGGUGGGCCAGGUUGCCAAGCAACAGGUGGCCAGCCUGGACACCGGCGAGGUCACGCUCGGUUUCCGGGCGUCCAGAGAGAGACUCUACGUGCUCACCUCAGGACACCUGUUUGUGCUCAAGAUCAACAACCAGUGAAGCAGCACAACACACACACACACACACACACACACACACACACACACACACACACACACACACACACACACACACACACACACACACACACACACACACACACACACACACACACACACACACACGUCCAAAGACAGAGAGACUAGGUGACCUUCCAACACCUGUUGUUGGCUCACAAGAUCAACAACCAGUGAAGCAGCAGAACUCUCACGAGUAUGUAUGUGCACACGCACACACAGACGCACGCAUGCACGCACGCACGCACACACACACACACACAAAGGCACGGGCGUGCGCACACACACACAUGGGCGCGCAGGACUGAAGAAGGGAUUUUUAUUUUCUUUGUUUUGCUGAUGUCUCAGGUGCUCACAGAAGAGGACUGAGACUGUAACCAAUCACAGAAGAGGACUGAGACUGUAACCAAUCACAGAAGAGGACUGAGACUGUAACCAACCACAGAAGAGGACCAAGACCGCAUCCAAUCCGCAACAGGCCCUGAGCUAUGAAUAUUGGACCCAAGGAAUGGCACAAGACCAGAAUAUAUGAAUUAGCCUGUACUUUAACCAUGUACACAGCCCCUCAUGAAUACUGAACAUGGAGUGAAAGUUAAAAGUGAAAGCCCAUUGGGAAACUCCAACUCCCAUUGUCAUUGUGACACAGCACUCCACAGCACACAAGUGAACACUGCACACUGCACACGACGAAAUUGCAUUUAUGCCUCACCCGUGCAAGGGGGCAGCCCUCAGUGGCGCCCCAUGGGGAGCAGUGCGGUGGGACGGUACCAUGCUCAGGGUACCUCAGUCAUGGAGGAGGAUGGGGGAGAGCACUGGUUGAUUACUCCCCCCACCAACCUGGCGGGUCGGGAGUCGAACCGGCAACCUUUGGGAUGCAAGUCUGACGCCCUAACCGCUCACCCAUGACUGCCCUAAAGCUUGGAGCUAGGAGUAAUUCAUUCAUUACUGUAACCACCAUGUACAGAACAACUUGCCUGAUUACCAUUAUUGUCGUGCGUAAUGUAGGGCUCGUGGCAAGCUUAUGGAGGGCCAAAACAACCGGGAGCUUCUGCAGUGUGCAGGUAUAUCUUUCCGGUAACACUUUAUUUUAGGCAUACAUCUGUUAGCACUAAUACAUACAAUGUGCCUGUAUAAGUAACUUGUAAGGCAUGUACAAAGCAAAAUAAAACAUUUGUUAGGCAUGUAUUCGCAAAUGUCUUGUUCAUGCACAAUAAGGGAUUUAUUACCAAUUUAACCUUGGUAAGGACCUAGUAGGCCUUAGCGUUUGCUUAGUACAUGCCUUACAAGUUACUUAUGCAGGCAUUAACAUUGUAUGUAUUAGUGCUAAUAGAUGUAUCCCUAAAAUAAAGUGUUACCAUCUUUCCUUAAACUUAAUGAAUCCCCAAAGGGGCAAUAGUGUGCUGCCUGGCCAUGCAUGCAAGACAUUAGUAAGACAGUGACAUAAAUUAACCUCCACUGUGAUCAGCAUGUACAGAACAAGUGCUGCUGUAUCAGGAUCCGCUGUUAGGCUAGAUUCUACUGCAUGUGUGUACUCCCUGAGCAAUCAACCCAAGAGUGACGUCAGAUCAGCUGUUAGGUUAGAUUCAGAGGUGGGCAAACUCAGGCCCGGGGGCCACAUGUGGCCCGCCAAGCUAUUUCAUCUGGCUUGCAGAACCUUUACAAGAAAGAUGACUUAAAAUCACCCAACAUUCUUAAAAAGGUUAACCAAAACAAUGAUUUUGAGGUUUUCAGAUUCACCCAACAUUCUUCAAAUGGUUAACCAAAACAAUGAUUUUGAGGUUUUCAGAUUCACCCAACAUUCUUAAAAAGGUUAACCAAAACAAUGAUUUUGAGGUUUUCAGAUUCACCCAACAUUCUUAAAAAGGUUAACCAAAACAAUGAUUUUGAGGUUUUCAGAUUCACCCAACAUUCUUCAAAUGGUUAACCAAAACAAUGAUUUUGAGGUUUUCAGAUUCACCAAGGCUUCUGUAUUAAAGGCUACUAAAUACAUUUCAUUACAAUGUGCAGGAUUGAAAUGGCCCAAAAAUAAUGUUAUUGCAACAUACAUUAUUUCUUGUGCCUGCGACAUCUGGCACUUUGGCCAAUAUUCUAAAAUCACUGUGGCCCUUGAGCCAAAAUAAUUGCCGACUCCUGAUUCUACUGCAUCUGUGCUCCCCAAGCAAUCAACCCAGGAGUGACUUAGAGCUCAGUGUAUUAAUUAACUGUACUGUAACCAUGUACCAAACUGUUCAAUCUUGCAUCAGGCACAUCUGGAAAGAUAAUCAUAUGCAUCUGUUGUUCCUGGGCAACAGGUUCAAAUGAGAAAUGGUUGACAUGCCCUACAAAGCAAAAAGGCAGUACCUUCGUUGUUGUUUAAAAGGAGUUACUAUGACUUUAAUGACAUAUAUAUCAAAGUUUAAAUUUAAACAAAAUGAUGCACAACUGCACAAGAAGUGGUUAUAUAAAGAAACAAAACUGCUGAAUGUCAAUAAUCUCCCCAAAACUACUUUGGACUGGACUGCAUUAUCAUUUAAGUCAUUUUACUCAGUUUGGAGCUCCGCACAGUUACUGCCUUUUUGCUUUGUAGGGCAACACUGGCCAAAUACAUAUGCAGCAGUAGACAUCAUAAAAGCUGAUUUAAAUGGCUAAUAGCUACCCAUAUCAAUUUUGAUUCGUUAGUACGUAGAUACAAGACACAUUUCAAACACCUAAUCUUUCAGCCGUCAGGGUUUGAGCUGGGUGUCAUGAGUUCUACUCUACUCAUAAUAAGUCUGGCAUUUUCUUGAGGCAACCUGUAUGUCUCUCAGUCUUGGACGGACGGGAGUACGUAUUGUAAAUAUACUCUCAUGUGAUUGGACCGAUGCGAGUACAUAUUAUCAAUAUACUCUCAUGUGAUUGGACCGCUGAGCUUGACAAGUUCAUAGAUGAACCAAAUGUUCCGCCAUCUUGGAACCAUAGCGAAUUGGUGCCAUCUUGGAUGUAGCAAUGAAUUUUUAAAGGAGCACAGAAUUAAGUCCUCAUUCCAGUGUAUGUACUGACGAUUUGCAUUGUAUUUCAGAUGAUUCGGGCUUUGCAGCGGCCCUGCAUCUGUCCAAUCGUGAUCAUGUCUUUGUCAGGGUACAUACAGUACUCUUCCUCCCUGUGUGUCUGUCUCCUCCAGGUGUAAGCAAAUAAAUGGGUAAAUACAAACGAAAAGCUUUCAGUUGCUAGACCUUCAUCAUGGAGAAGUGCAUGUGAACAUUCGUUUCUAUUUUCUCAUCAUCUCCACUUGCCGCUAGGGGUGGGAUAUCGGUAUCGGUGUAUCGGUAUCCGGUUCAGAUAUCAACAUAAUUCAGAGAUCGGAUCGGAUCGGAAUUUUCCCAAAAUAUCGGAAUUUUCCCAGUACUGACAUUGAGCCAGGUGUAAUGUUAAUUUGAAGUCAUAGCACUUAAAAUUAAAGUUUUCAGGAUGGGAUUGUUACUUUUUUUACUUGUUACUUUUACUUAUGAAUUAGUUUCCUGUUCUUAUGACUUCCUUUUCUGACCAAAUAGUCAUCUUGGGCCUACCUCAAGUUGAAACCCAUGCAUAUAUGAGGUUUUGGUAUUGGAUCGGAGUAGUAUCGGUAUCGGCAGAUAUCCAAAUUUAGAUAUUGGGAUCGGAUCGGAAGUGAAAAAAUGUGUAUCGGUGCAUCUCCACUUGCCACAGAUGAGCCGUGACCUUUAACUCGUAGGCAAAUAAAUAACAUGUUCCAGACAAGAGACUCUUCACAUCACCUCAAUGAAUGUACAAGAAAUGAGUUAACUAAUUAUCAUAUCUCGUGGACUGCAUUACAUUUCU